CAGACGAUUUUUUCUGAAUUUAUCGUCGUAUCGUCUGCAAUGACGAAAGUCACGAAACUCUACAGUCGGCAAAAAUAUUAAUUUGUAUUUUCAAUCGUUUUUGAAUUUACAUGGGUUAUUUUGUUUUUUAUUGAAACCCCUAUCGAAAAUGACGGUUGUUGAUUACGUAAGUUCUUUAACCAGUAAUCCAUAUUUUGGAGCAGGAUUUGGAUUAUUUGGUGUCGGAGCUGGGGCUGCAUUACUUCGAAAAGGAUGGCAGGGGGCUCUUAUAAUGUUUCGGAGACAUUAUGUGAUGACUUUAGAGGUGCCAUGCAGAGACAAAAGCUAUCAGUGGAUGCUUCAAUGGAUUACUACACGUGGAGCUGUUCAAACACAACAUCUUAGUGUGGCAACAGAAUUUUCUCAGUCAGAAUCAGGGAAAACUUCCACAUCUUAUAACUUUAUCCCUAGUGUUGGAGUACACAUUUUCAAGUAUAAAAAUGAUUGGAUACGAGUUGAAAGAACACGAGAACAACACACUUUAGAUUUACACAUGGGAAUACCAUGGGAAACAGUCACAAUGACAGCAUUAGGAAGAAACAAAAAAAUGUUUAAAGAAAUGUUGGAAGAAGCUAGGUUGUUGGCAUUGAAACAAACCGAAGGUAGAACAAUUCUUUACACUGCGCUAGGAUCUGAAUGGCGACAGUUUGGCGCUCCUAGGAAACGCCGACCGCUUGAAUCCGUGGUCCUUGACGUAGGUGUGGGAGAAAGGAUACUAGAUGAUUUAGUAGAAUUCAUUGGCAACCCACAGUGGUAUUCUCAACGAGGAGUUCCAUACCGAAGAGGAUACUUGCUUCAUGGUCCACCAGGUUGCGGAAAGUCGUCAUAUAUUACAGCUUUAGCUGGAAAAUUAGAGUGUGUGGUUUGUGUUCUUAACCUUAGUGAGAAAGGCUUGACUGACGACCGUUUAAAUCAUUUAAUGAAUACGGCUCCCGUUCAAAGCAUAAUUUUAUUAGAAGACAUUGAUGCGGCCUUUGUUAGCAGAGACGAAUCAAAAUCAGUCAAAAGUGCAUACGAUGGCGUCAAUCGCGUUACUUUAAGUGGCCUUUUGAAUUGCUUGGAUGGUGUAACAUCAACUGAAGCUCGAAUUCUUUUCAUGACUACCAAUUAUUUGGAUCGUUUGGAUCCAGCACUCAUUCGACCAGGAAGAGUUGACGUUCAAGAAUAUAUCGGCUAUUGUUCCAAAGUUCAACUAGGAAAUAUGUUCAGGAAAUUCUAUCCUUUUGCGGACGAAUUGCUUGUGAACAAAUUUGUCGAAGCUGCUGUAGAACUAGGAAGAAAUUUAAGUCCAGCUUCGGUUCAAGGACAUUUUAUGUUUCACAAAGUACAUCCAGAAGAUGCCAUUGCAAAUCUACAUAAGUUACGUUAACUUCACAUAUAGAACAGUUUAGUUUGAAUAUCUGAAUAAAUUUCAUUUUUCCCAGUUUA